CAGUGCCCGAAGGUCCAACCAGACCUGCAGGGAUGGUCCAGAGGAAAGAUGUGGUGCUGUCCGUCCUCCUGCAGCUCCAGGAGGCCACAGAGAGCUCCGGCCUGGAUGCUCUGACCGGACUGGCUCUGGAGGUCCAGCAAGUCCUUGCUCCCUUCCAGCUCCCAGCAGCCCCCUGUCAGGAGCUGCCAGAGUGGGUCAGCGUGGAUGAAAAGGCCAGGGGGUUGUACCCCGCUGAUGCACCCAGGGGUCUCCUGCCGCUGAAUUGCAACGGGGAAGGCAACUUGCUGUUUGAUGCCGUGAGCAUGUUGCUUGUGGGUUCCACUGCACUUAGCUUGGAGCUACAGGUGCGGACUGUGGUGGAAAUGGUGCUCUGGAAGAGCUACUACUUGUCUGGGAUGAUCGAUUCAAAAAUGAUGCUUCAGGCUGUUCGCUUCAGUCUGAGUGCAGAAGAGUCUGAAGACAUGGUCAACUUGCCGCCGUCAGUCCUGGAGGCCAUCUUUGAUGCGGACGUCAAGGCCUCCUGCUUCCCUGGCUCGUAUGCUAACAUGUGGCACGUGUACGCCCUGUCGUCGGUUCUUCGGUUCAACAUCUACUCCAUCUAUCCUAUGUUCAACCUGAAGAUCAGACCCUACUUCAACAGACUCAUACGCCCGAGAGCCAGACCUGAACACUCGGAACUUCAAACUAUACACGUCAUGUGGUCUGGGGAGCUGCAGGCCGAGUCGCUGUUCAGACCUAAUUACUUUGUGGCUCUAGUUGAGCUCAGUCCCCACAUGUCUGUCAGUCUUGACCUAGAGUGCAGGGCGUCUCAGACUAACAGCAGGGAGCAGGCAAACCGUGAACAGCAGCUGUCCUUCCCAAACCUUAAGGACAAGUACAACAUCACCAAGAGGACCUUUUACCGCUGGAAGAGGCAGACGCAGGAACACUGCAAGAAGUCGGCCGCCCGGUACGAAGCAAAGUACUUCCUCCAGGCUUGUUACUUGGAGGGCAAGUUCAUUCCUCUACACCAGUUUAAGAAAUUUUUCCCAGAGAUCUCCAGAUCAUCAUACUAUAACUGGAAACAAGAGCUGCUGAAAACCGGAGGGAACUUCACGUCUUCUUCAGCCGGGGAGAUCAGCCCUGGAGAGAGCACAGAGCAGGAGGCCUGGUCAUCGCCUGAAGCCAACCAGGACGAGGCCGAGCACCAUGACAACGUUGCCAGGAUGUUCGGCCUCAACCUCGGCAAGCUGGAUGCAGAGCGAGCUCACAAUGUGGCGCACAUGCAAGAAGCCAAGCGCUGCUUGCAGAACUACAUCACCAUGAACACCUCCUUCCCUUUCCGGAUCUUCAAGAGAAACUUUCCAGGAAUCUCCAGAUCAACCUACUACAACUGGAGGAGAGAAGCAAUGCUCUUUAACAGAGGCUACAAAGGAACUGUUGGCAGCAGCUCGGACAGCUCGGACGCCGACAAGAGCCAGAGUCCUAUAAGCGGGGCAUCGGCGCUGCCCAGCGAGACCCAGACCCUAGUGCCCAAAGCUCGGAUUAUCAGGAGAAAACACAGAAGCUUCAGGCUGGCGUACUUGAGCAAAAAGCAGCUCAGAGAAUUGGCAAAGUUGCACGUUCAGAAGUCCAAAUGGUCUCUGACAAAGUUCAAGCUCAAGUUCCCGGCCAUGUCCUCUUGUUUCUAUUGGCUGUGGCGCAGCAGCGAGAACCACAAAGCUAAUAUGAGGAUCGGCCAAACUGUGGAGACCAGCGCUCCGGAGAGCCAAGGGAGCUCGUCCAAAGAGCAGCUCCUUUUGGAGAAUCUGGAGAAUCCCAGUCAUCUCCCUGUGGCCUUGGCCCACAAUCACCAGGAGAGUUCUCCACUCCCUUCUUUUGAUGUUGCACAUUCGACACAGAUCUUCCACAGGAAUGUGCCGGUGGUUGAGCACGUGUUUGGCAUGGAUGUUGUGGCACUGGCCAACUUCAAGGCCAAGGCCAAGCUCUUCCUGCAGCAACGUUUCGAGGAGAAGUCCUUUCCCACCUUUAAGGAAUUCCGCUCAUACUUCCCGUUCACUGCGCGCUCCACCUACUACAUGUGGAAGCGAGCUCUGCACCAUGGGGUGUCGCUGGUGCACGGGUGAGUGAGGCUUCCGGUGCACUGGAAACCUGCCCAGGCAGGUGUAACAAUAGAAAUAUGCCCCAGCUUUGAAAAAACUACCUACUCCUGAUAGGAGACUGUGAAAAGUAGUACCGAUGAAUGUCCCCCUCUUGUCCCCCCUCCAACUCAGACCAUUCCUCCCUCCUGGACAUUUGCACGUGUGUGAAAAGACGCUGAGUCAGGGCUAUUGAAACCCUGCGUGCUGCCCCCUCCAAGGCGAAAGGCAGUUCAAAGCAGCUUUUUAAGGGAAGGGGGGUUUCAUCUUCAUUCCAGGCCUUCCCUUUCAUUGGAAUUGCUUUUUGCAGCACCAACUGGAGACAAGUCAGUUUCAUGUUCGAUCCAGCAGGGUUUCUAUCACUUAAUGGUUCUUCAUCUCAGGGAUCUUCUAGCUUGAAGAACAGGUUUUAUCCGAUUUGCACUGAAGUGCCUUCGAAAGCCGAUGGACGUAUUUCUUCACGCAUUGAGUUGCUGUUAAACUUGAUCAUGAACUGAAUGUAGAUCUGUACCUUCCUUCUUUAUUUUAAAACUACCUAUUUUAGCCUCGAGUUGCUUCUAUUUCACAUGUAUUUAUUGUUUUUACUGUAGGUCCUAAGUGGGUGCUGCUAACACUUGAUCGUCUCAACGACAUUUGAUGGUAUUUAAUCCCUAGAGAGAUCCUGAGGGAUCCACUAAGUUAUGAAAAAUGAGGGAUUUUUUUGGAACAGGUCAAACUCGCCCAGGAAUGAAGGAACAGCACAUGUGGGGUUUUGUUAGCUAUUGUGCUCAUGCUAAUGAUCAAGCGGGGGAAGGGCUAAUUUUAUGUAUGCAAGGGACAGAGGUGAGAUAAGAACAGGAACACUCAGGAGUAUGGAGGAGGGUGGGGGUUCUGGUUUUUACAGUCUGGAGACAAUCAAUCAUAACCCUUUUCCUUUGAGUUUCUGUAAACUGCUGAAUGUGCAAAUAAAGGGAAACCAAAAACA